GAAGAAUACGACGUGUCCGCUUAAGGACGGGAGUUGCUAUGAACAGUUGUGUAUUUACCUGAGUCAAAUGCAAGGCCUUGUCCCUCAACAACUCUGUUAUACAUUCAUUUGAGAUUUGUGUUAUAUAGUUUAGCUAGGCUUAUCCUUUAAAAUAGUUGUCCUUUCCUGCAAGACGCUGUUUGAAAGUUAUCACGGAUGCUGGCGCAAUUGAUGGUGAAUGAAGAUGAUGAAUAGUUAACUCAGUCAUCACCAGAGGAAAAUAUGAGUUCGAAGAGUAAAAAGCGAAUAGUCGUGCCAAGCCGACCAGAGCCCCCUUCUAUGGAGCAAAUAGCAGAAGACAUCAACCGAGCCUAUCCGAACGACCCAGUCUUCACUGUUCUGCAAGACGAAAGUCAAGACGCUAAGCUGGGGUCCAGUUCCACUGAGGUGGAGAUGAUCUACCAGCAGAGUCGCCGGUUCCUGGAGCUGAAUGACCGGCUGCAGGACGCACGAGGGGAUCUGACGCGACGACGCGACGAGCUCCGCGCUGUGGGCGACGCGCUGGGCCACAGCAUCGACGACGUCAAACAGAAAGCAGGAAGUCUGCCGUGCUUUGAUGAUCUAAGCACUUAACUUUUGCCAUCUAGUUUAUGAUGAUAUUCUACUACACCAUACUUUAAGGUCACAUAACCUUUUGAAUUAAUAUUGUAUAUAAUUUUUGAACAGUGGAGCUGUUUUGUUUCAGUCUUGUUGAUCAUGUAAUAAAGUGUAUUUUAAAGUAA